AAGUUGAAGGAUCAAAAUCAAGCUUCAUGUCAAGCACAUCUACCGGAGAUCAUGAUCUAGUUCCAGGAGUCACAGGAGGACUUGGAGGCCAUUCAGCCUGGCUUCAGGGUUUAAACUCUCCUCUUCUCAAGGAUAAAGUUGUGAGUGCGGGCGGGGUUCAAGAGAAAGAAUUGAAACUCAGGUUUGAUGUUUCUCAGUACUCUCCAGAAGAGAUUAUUGUGAAAACUGUAGAUAAUAAACUUCUUGUUCAAGCUAAACAUGAAGAGAACUCUAAUGGCAGAACUGUGUAUAGAGAGUACAACAGGGAAUUUCUUCUUCCCCAGGGUACAGACCCAGAACUCAUCAAAUCCUCUUUAUCCAAGGAUGGAAUACUAACUGUAGAAGCACCUCUUCCUACACCAGCGAUUAAAUAAGAAGAUCAUUUCUUAAUACCUCGAAGCUAUUAUUCAAGUUUCCACGCAAGAAAUAUUUGCCUUAUUCUAUGAAACAAUGUUCCAUUUCAAUUUCUUUUUUGAUUUCUCUUUUUAGAAGUUAUGUGCAAGGUUAUAAUAUUUUGUACAAAACGGUCGCUAAACAAAUUGAGAUCUGAUUGCUUUUUUAAAAGAAAAUAACUUUUGUUGAGACUCAAACAAAAUAUCUCUAUCUUUGCAAUUAAUGUGUUUCUGUGUUCACAAAAGUCUCUUUAUGUCGAAAUCCAAAAUUUAAAGAAUUUACAACAGUAUUUUUAGUUAUCUUUAGUACCUUUGUCUUCAUGUUUGAUUUAAAAUAGUAUUAUCUCAACUAACCCUACUUUGUUAGCAUUAGUUUUAGUACAACCCUCAGAGCGGGACAAUUUGGACUGUUUAAAGACUGUAUAAAAAUAAUCAAUACCCUUGAAAGCUUUGGCUGAUAAAGUAUCAAAUUUUUUGUUGCUUAAAAUUGUUUAAUUU